AUGGGUUUUCUAAGGUAACACCCAAAAGUGUUUAAUGUUUGUUUUGAAACAAAAUUCAUGUAUUUAUAACGCUGAUAAAAUCGUUCAAUUGAACUCAUCGUUAUCAAAUGUACACGAGACGCGCCCAAAACACUGCACAAAAAUUUUGAAAAAAAGUCACACUGAAGUUUUUUCCAAGAAAAAUGCGUUAUUUUUAGUGAAAAACUAAUUUUUCUUCUUUUUUUGCUCGGCGGUCUGAAAAAAUCAAUUUUCACACUGUUCAAAAAUUUUUUGAAAUUAUUUCCACACUGUACAAAAUGAUUGUUCGAACAUCUCUCGUCAGGUGUGCAAAUGUACAAACUAAAUACAAUUUCUUUGUGUCAAUCUUUUUAAAUUGUUCAUAUUAUUUUUUUAAGUUCAGUUAGCUCAAUGUCAAAACGCCAAGAUUUGCAAGGUGUUAGAGGAUUGGCAAUUCUUUCAGUUUUAGGAUUUCAUUUUUAUCCAGACAUUUUUCCAAAUGGUUAUUUAGGCGUUGAUCAGUAAGUGUUUUCUCUUUUUAAUGUGGAAAGCCUUUGAAAUUUUCAGAUUCUUUGUAUUAUCUGGAUUUUUAAUGUGUAUGCUGUUAGUUCGAAGCAAAAAUUCUACAAAUUUUGAUAUUCUCACUACAUUCUAUUCGAGAAGAUUCAAACGAAUUCUACCCUUAUAUUUUCUAAUUAUUUGUUUUGCAUUAAUUUUCUUGUAUAUAAUUUUUCCUGAUUCUGCAAUUAGUAUUAAUCAAGAUGCUGCAUCAAAAGCUAUAAUAUUUAUGUCAAAUCAACCAAAAACAGUAGAUGAGGAAUAUUUCAAAAUGGUAAGUUUUGAAACUUUUGAAGUUCCUACGAAUUUUUUUUUUAUUUGUUAGUUGGAAUUGGCUAUAAAUAUAUUUGCACACACAUGGUCGCUAUCCGUUGAAAUACAAUUCUAUUUUAUAAUUCCUAUUUUAUUCAUUAUUUUCAAAAAUUAUUCGAUCAAAACACAGCUGUUUUAUUAUUCAAUUAUUGGUAGGUCUUUGUGAAACUUCAAAAGAAUUUUUCCAGCAGAUUUAUAAAAAAUUGAAAAAAAAAUAAUCUUUGAAUCACAGGUAUUGCUUCUUUCUUGUUCAAUGUGCAAUCCCCACCUGAAAUUGCUUUUAACAAUGUUUUCGCGAGAAUUUGGCAGUUUUUAUUAGGAUUUUCAAUAUAUUUUUUGGAUUCAAGUCCAACUGAUCUCCCAUUAAAUGAUUAUACUCCGCAUCAUAAUCCGGAUAUGUCACAAUACCCAAAAUAUGUAUCUCUGAUCACGAUGACUUAUAUCAAUUUCACAUCUAUAUUUCUUCCAGCAUUUUUUGUUAGGUAGGAAACUUAUUCAAAUGAUAAUAAUAAUAAUAAUAAUAAAACUCUGAUUUUUAUAGGCCGAUGGUUACAAUUUUGACAUCAAUUGUGAUUUUGUACUCCAGAGAUGAUGCAUUUCUUUCUAAUAAAGUAUUGGUGUACAUUGGUGAUAUUUCGUUUUGCCUUUAUUUAAUUCAUUGGCCAGUCUAUGCAUAUUGGAAACUCACCAUGAGUCAUAAUCAAAUAGGUUGGAAUCAAAAAAUUAUUUUUUUUUCAAACAAAAAGAUUUUCAGCGUUGGUGUUAUUGUUGAUUGCAUCAGUCAUAGUAUCAACAAUUGUUUUUGAAACUUUUGAGAAAUGGUAUUUGAAAUUGACGAAUGCUCAAAUCACAAUCCUGAUUUCAUCAUUUUUCAUAUGCAGUAUCUUAUUAAUUAACAAAGAUAGCAUAAUUAUCCAAGAAGAGUUACAAGCUUCAAACCAUACAACAUAUUUCAAAGUGUUGGAGAAUAUGACAGUUGACGAUGCAAUAAAGUACAAUAAGAAAUGGUCUGAUCAAGAUUCAAAAACGCUAUUUCAUUCAAAUUGUAAAUAUUCUUUCAAUACACAAUUCAAAUGGUGCAAUUUUACGGUAAGUUCCAUUAAAAAACUGACAUUUGCCUUUAAUUUUGGAAAAAUUAUAGAAAAACAUUUCAGGAUUACGAGAAAAAAGGAAAAUCAAACAUUUUGAUUUUCGGUAAUAGUUGGGCUGCAAAUCAUGCGAAAUUGAUUUUUGAAGAAUGUAGCCAUAAAGCAAAAAAUAUGGUUCUAGGUGCAACUUUUGGUAAGUGGAGAAUUUCUAUGAAAUUUUGAAAAAUGGAAUGUUCAGGUUGCGAAGUGUUGUUUCCAACGCGAAAUUUGACUGCUUGCUAUCAAAAUUUGGAACAAAUGGAUCAACAUGUUAAAGAUGCCAAUGCUGAUUAUGCAUUUAUGAUUUCAAGGUUAAUAUUUUUCAAUUAUGUCUUUUGAACUGUAAAAAAAUGUUUUUCAGAUAUUUAUCUUCUGAUGGUAAUUUCACAAACACUGAUUUGAAAAAAGACAAAAUAUUUAUAAGAAUGAAAUUACAACUAGCCAAAUAUAUGAAAAAUAUCAAAAAGAAAAUAUUUUUUAUUGAUGCAAUUCCUCCGAUUGACAGUAAAGUUAUACCAAAAAUCGGACCUAUGUUGAACAAUGGAACAAGUAUACCGGAUGUGAAUGUGAGUUUUUUCCGUUUUUAUUGUUAUUUUAGAAAUUAUUUUUUUAUUUUUCUAGAAACUUCUGGUGAAAAUGGAUUCAUAUGAAAGAGUUCGUAAGAGAAAUGAAAAAUUGUUGGAAUUUUGUGGGAAGAAAUGUGAGAGAGUUGAUUAUUUCAGUCAUUUUUAUAAUAAUGAAACAAAACAAUUUCAUUAUUUUGAUAAUCUUGGAUUUAUUUAUCUAACAACUGUUAAUCAUUUUUCGCCUUACGGUUUGGAAUAUCUACGGGAUAUUUAUAGUAAUAUUUGUCAUAAAUUGUGA